AUGUCUACAGCAACUCCACCAGCAAUUGUAUUCACUGAUUUUGACGGUACAGUCACCUUACAAGAUUCCAACGAUUAUCUAACUGAUAAUCUUGGUAUGGGAGAAGCCAAAAGAAGUGCCAUUGGUCAAGAUAUCCUUGAUGGUAAAACCAAUUUCAGGGAUGGAUUCAAAGAAGAAAUCGAUUCAGUUAAAACUCCAUUCAAUGAGUGUCUUUCAAUUUUAUUAUCCAAUAUUAAAUUAGACCCAGGUUUUAAAGUUUUUUACAACUACUGCAAUUCUCAUAAUAUCAAAAUCAUUGUUGUUAGUUCUGGUAUGAAACCAUUGAUAUCUGCUUUAUUACAACAACUAGUUGGUGCUGAAGCUUUAAAACAUAUUGAAAUCAUGUCAAAUGACGUACGUAUUGAUAACGAUGGAGAAAACUGGGAACUUUUGUUCAAACACCCUGAUUCUCCAUUCGGCCAUGAUAAAGCCCAAUCCAUCAAAGAAUGGUUGACCAAUCACGGAUACGAUACUUCGGAAGUCAAAGAUGAUGUGGCAACCGAACCUAAAUUGUUUUAUUGUGGUGAUGGAGUUUCUGAUUUAAGUGCAGCUAAAGAAACUAAUCUUUUGUUUGCCAAAGCUGGUAAAGAUUUAAUCACUUAUUGUGUUAGGGAAAAGAUUCCAUAUACUGAAUUUAAUGAUUUCCAGGAUAUUUUGACUAAAGUGAAAAAGAUUAUUGAUGGUGGAGAACCAAUUAAAUCAUUUGUUGAAAAUCCAUCCAGUGUGAAUUAA